GGCAGUGUUUAUACACAUUUUACCUCAGGUAUGUGUUGCUGCAAGUCAAAGUGUGGAGAUCGCAAAGUUUACAUCAGUCGGAAGAAGCUGUUCCCGAACUUUCAUUCAACAAACUCACAGUGAUGGCUGAGGCUCACCAAGCAGUGGCAUUUCAGUUCACCAUCAGUCCUGAGGGGAUCAACCUGCAUCUGUCUUACCAAGCCCUCAAUCAAAUCUACCUCUCCGGAUUGCGAUCCUGGAAGAAGCGCAUCAGCAGGAUUAAGAACAGGAUCAUUAAGGGUGCUUAUCCAGCUAGCCCCUCCUCGUGGCUUUUUAUUGUCAUUGCAAUUCUAGCCACGAUGUACAUGCAGUCCGAUCCAUCAAUGGGUCUCAUCGCCAAGAUCCAGGAACACCUGCCCCUUAGUCUGUCAUUGAGUCCUCAAGGUCAGACCAUGCUGUCGGCGCUGCUGUUCAGUACUCUGCUCUGGAUGUCUCUCAUUCUGACUCUGAGGUUCUGCCUGAAGCUUCUCUUGUCCUACCACAGGUGGAUGUUUGAACAACAUGGUCAUAUGUCUACCAAGACCAAAGUGUGGGCGACCCUAGUGAAGUUGUUGUCCUCUAGAAAGCCAUUGCUGUACAGCUAUCAGACGUCAUUACCGCACCUGCCAGUACCUCCCAUUAAAGACACACUGGAAAGAUAUCUAGAAUCAGUCAAGCCACUGCUGGAUUUGGACGGUUUCCAGAGAAUGAGAAGACUGACUUCAGAGUUUGAGAAAAGUCUUGGUAACCGCCUGCAGAGAUACCUCAGACUCAAAGCACUGUGGGCCACAAACUAUGUUAGUGACUGGUGGGAGGAGUAUGUUUACCUCCGGAGCCGGAGUCCAAUCAUGGUCAAUAGUAACUACUAUGGCAUGGAUUUCUUGUACGUGACUCCAACUCCUAAUCAGGCAGCUCGAGCUGGGAAUACUAUCACUGCCCUGUUCCUGUAUCGCCGAAAGGUCAACCGAGAGGAGCUAAAUCCUAGUCGUAUUCCUGGUACGGUCAUACCGCUGUGUGCAGCUCAGUGUGAGCGCAUGUUCAACACCACUCGAACACCUGGAGAAGAGACUGGUAAACGCACAUUCAUACAGACAUGCAGACAUAAAUACGCAUUAAGAAAAUGGCCUUUGAUGCAGUCUCUUUGUCUCUCAGAUGUUCUGCAGCACUGGCAGGACAGCGAGUUUGUUGCUGUUUAUCACAGAGGCCGUUACUUCAGAUUAUGGGUCUACCGAGCUGGACGAUUGCUUUCACCUAGAGAGAUCCAAUUUCAGAUUCAAAGGAUUUUGGAUGACCCCUCACCUCCUUCUCCAGGAGAGGAGAAACUAGGAGCACUGACAGCAGGAAACCGGACACCCUGGGCUCGUGUGAGAAAGCAGUUCUUCAGCUCUGGAGUCAAUAAGCAAUCGCUAGACUGCAUUGAGAAAGCAGCAUUUUUUGUCACGCUUGAUGACCAAGCGGAAGGCAUGAAGGGGGAAAAUCCCUCUGAGAAUUUGGACCGAUAUGCCAAAUCUCUUCUUCAUGGAAAAUGCUAUGACAGGUGGUUUGACAAGUCAUUUUCUGUUGUGGUGUAUAAGAAUGGAAAAAAUGGGCUGAAUGCAGAACAUUCUUGGGCCGAUGCACCCAUAGUAGCCCACCUGUGGGAGUUCACUCUUGCCACAGACACAUUUCACUUGGGUUACAACUCAGAUGGAAAUUGCAGGGGAGAUGUAGACCACUCUUUACCACAUCCUCAACGCUUGAGCUGGGACAUACCGUUUGAGGUUCAGACUCAGAUAUCAGAGUCUCUUGCUGUUGCUCAAGCACUGGCCGAUGAAGUGGACUGUCAUGUUUUUCCCUUCAGAAAGUUUGGCAAAGGCCUCAUCAAGAAAAUGAAACUCAGCCCAGAUUCAUUUGUGCAGCUGGCUCUGCAGCUGGCCUAUUACAGGGAUAGGGGGACUUUCUGUCUGACAUAUGAAGCUUCCAUGACGCGCCUGUUUCGUGAGGGCCGCACCGAAACCGUACGCUCCUGCUCCAAUGAAAGUUGUGCUUUUGUCCUUGCACUGGAAGGAGGAGAGGACAGAGAACAAUGCAGAAAGCUCCUCCGUAAAACUGCUGAGAAGCAUCAGAACCUCUACCGCUUGGCCAUGACUGGAUCUGGCAUUGAUAGACACCUCUUCUGCCUAUAUGUAGUCUCAAAAUACCUGGGGGUAGAGUCUCCUUUCCUUAAAGAGGUUUUGUCAGAGCCCUGGCGCCUCUCUACAUCUCAGACACCUGUGCAACAGAUGGAGCUGUUUGAUCUAGUCAACCACCCAGAGUUCAUCUCCCUGGGGGGAGGCUUUGGUCCUGUAGCUGAUGAUGGCUACGGUGUGUCUUACAUCAUCAUGGGAGAGGACAUGAUCAACUUCCAUGUGUCUUGCAAGCACUCCUGCAAAGAGACAGACUCUCAUAAAUUUGGCUGUCAGGUCAGUCAAGCCAUGGUGGAUCUUAUGACCCUGCUAAACCCUGACUUCAGAGACACCACAGAAGCCAACUCGGAUGAACAGACUUAAAACUGGUUUAUACUCAUGUCUUUUAUGAUAUAUGCAACUAUGUCAGUUUCAAUGGGAGAAACAAAAGAAUUUAAAAUCUCGAAUAUGUCUACAUACAGCGCCCAGCAUAAAUGAGAACACCCCAAACAGAUUUAUCUUUUAAAUGAAUAUUUAUAUAGGGCACUAUGCAACAAUAUACUUGUGUAUAUACCAGUGUUCAUUUUGUUGGCGGAAAUUUUUCGGCAUAAUUUUCGUGACAAGCUAGUUUCUACCAACGAAAAAGAGACGAAAGCUAAAUAAAAAUUAACUGAUGAUAAUGACAACUAUAAUAAAAAUAUACUGACAUUUUCGUUGACUAAUAAAAACGAGACAAAAAAGUGACUGAUUGACGAAUCUUGGUGUGUGAUG